GCUCUCCCAAGAGACAAAGGGCAGGCUAUCAGCGAGGGUUUCUUUUCUAGGGUUUCGGUUCGAUUCGGGCGAGGCUGCAGAUGAACGCCGGAGCUGCUCCGGCACCAAUCUAGGUUCUGCGUGAAGCGAUUAGGGGUGAGCGGAGGAGGAGGAGAAGCAGCGGCCGGAGAUGCAGACGGAGGCGCGGGUGGGAGCUCUUUCCUCUGGCCACGGCAAUGGCGGAGGCGCUGUAGACGGCGGGGCAAGGAGGUACUCCGCGCACGACCAGCAGCAGCGUCAGCAGUUGCAACAUCAGCCGCAGAUCGGGACGGUUGCGCACCUUAUUGCCGGAGGAGUCGCCGGGGCGGUCAGCAAGACGUGCACGGCUCCUCUUGCUCGCCUUACCAUCCUCUUCCAGGUGCAAGGAAUGCACUCUGAUGUUGCAACUCUAAGGAAAGCUAGCAUAUGGCAUGAAGCUUCUCGUAUUGUACAUGAAGAAGGUUUUAGAGCAUUUUGGAAAGGAAAUUUGGUGACAAUUGCUCAUCGCUUACCUUAUUCUUCUAUAAGUUUUUAUGCUUAUGAGCGAUACAAGAAUCUACUGCAAUUGAUUCCUGGGCUAGAUAAGCAUAGAGAUAGUGUGAGUGCAGAUGUCUGCGUGCGGUUGUUUGGUGGAGGUCUGGCUGGAAUUACAGCUGCAUCUGUCACAUAUCCGCUGGAUCUUGUUAGAACACGUCUUGCAGCUCAGACGAAUACUAUGUAUUACAGGGGCAUUUCACAUGCUGUGUAUGCUAUCUGCAGAGAUGAGGGUAUGAGAGGAUUAUACAAGGGACUUGGACCAACAUUGAUGGGUGUUGGACCCAGCAUAGCAAUCAGCUUUUCUGUGUAUGAAACUUUGAGAUCUCGUUGGCAAGUUGAGAGGCCAUAUGAUUCUCCUGUAUUGGUUAGUUUGGCUUGUGGAAGUCUUUCUGGUAUUUCAUCAUCAACAGUGACAUUCCCGUUGGAUCUCGUGAGGCGAAGAAUGCAGUUGGAAGGGGCAGCUGGAAGGGCUUGUGUCUAUAAGUCAGGCGUCUUUGGGACGUUUAAGCAUAUAAUUAGGACCGAAGGAUUUCGAGGCUUAUACCGAGGUUAGAAAAGUAUGCAUCUUUCAGGACUCCCCCAUGGUGGCGAGUUUUGCUGUUGCUGCCAUGAAAAUUCUUUAAUUUUUGUAUAGAUGAAAAGGCUUUUUGUGGAUGCAACUGGUUACUCGUUUAGACUAAUUCAUCAGCCAUCAUUUUGAUAUUGGUGAGAGUUUGCUUUGACCAUCAUCAUUUAAGGCUUUGAGAUUAUUUUUUUUUACCCCUGUUGUUUGUUUGCUAACGAUGGAUAGCAGAUCUAGUAAUGUUUAUUGGUGAAGGAAUCCGGGGGCAAACUUUAAAUCGG